AUGGGGGACCAACCUUGUCCCUCUGGGAGAUCCAUGCUCCCACUUGGAAACACUCAAGAAGUUAAGCCUCCCAAAAAGUGCUGCCUCUUAGCUCCACGGUGGGAUUAUCCUGAAGGAACCCCCAACAGAGGUAGUAACACUCUCCCCUUAGCACUUCCUCCUGCAUCACCCAGCCUGAAAUUGCAUCUUCCUCCUCCGGAGAAGUGGUAGAAUAUACUUCUCCCAAC